CCUGCCCAGACCCCCUUAGAGCCAAUGAGGGUGGCUGGUGAGUGCUGAGAGACACCUCUUAAGGGCUUGUCCCCGAGGGAUGAUGCUCCCCCUCUUGUGGCUGGUGCUGCAGAGGAGACCCACUGCCCAAAGCAGAAACUCCCACUGCUCUUGAGUCUGGGCCCCAGCUUGAGACCCUGCUGAGGAGGCUGUGAGCUGCAGUUCUGUCCGUCAGUGGGGGCAAAGUCUGGGAUAAGGGUGGAGGACCUGGGCCUCCCAGCACCUGGUCACCCUCUCAUCCGUGGACAGAGCCAGUCAUGGCGGAGGAGGUAUGGGUGGGCGCCUGGAGGCCCCAUCGUCCCCGGGGGCCUAUCAUGGCGCUCUACAGCAGCCCUGGACCCAAGUACCUGAUUCCACCCACCAUGGGCUUUGUGAAGCACACGCCCACCAAACUGCGUGCACCCGCCUACAGCUUCCGAGGGGCCCCCAUGCUCCUGGCAGAGAAUUGUUCCCCGGGGCCCCGCUACAGCGUGAACCCCAAGAUACUGAGGACCGGCAAGGACGUCGGCCCUGCCUACUCCAUCCUGGGGCGCUACCACACUAAGACCAUGCUGACUCCCGGCCCCGGUGACUACUUUCCAGAGAAAUCGACCAGGCAUGUGUUUGACUCGGCACCCAGCCACUCCAUCUCUGCCCGGACCAAGACCUUCCGAGUGGACAGUACCCCAGGCCCCGCUGCCUACAUGCUGCCUGUGGUGAUGGGGCCCCACACUGUCGGCAAGGUCUCCCAGCCCUCCUUCUCCAUAAAGGGCCGCAGCAAGCUGGGCAGCUUCAGCGAUGAUCUGCACAAGACCCCAGGUCCCGCGGCCUACCGCCAGACAGACGUCCAGGUGACUAAGUUCAAGGCUCCACAGUACACCAUGGCUGCCCGAGUGGAGCCCGCGGGGGACAAAACUCCCAAGCCAGGACCAGGAGCCCACAGCCCCGAGAAGGUGACAGUGACCAAGCCCUGUGCCCCCAUCGUCACCUUUGGCAUCAAACACUCUGACUAUAUGACACCCCUGGUCGUGGAUGCGGAAUAG